CGGCGAGAUUAAGUCGUGGGGGAUUCAUUCCAAGUUUUUGCAGCCAUGGGAACUACGUCGCGAUGUUAGACAACGCAUUAUCUUUUGAUCUAUUUUCAGUUUUAAUUGCAACGUUUCUGAGUCUCGGUGCGCGAUGGAGCCUGAAGCCGGACGAGGCGAUGGGAUCCUCCGUGCGCUUUGAAGACCGAGGAUGUGCGCGUGAUGGUGGACAGACUGGGGCCGAUCAUGGAGCCUGAGCUGAACUGCAGCUCCCAGUGUGAUUCCCCACUUUGCUUCAUCCAGUCAGGAGUCAACAGGCAGGAGGGCCUGGACAUUCUGCAGAGACUAUGCAGUCUCAGCACGAUGGCGGUGGAGCUCCCGAGGCGAUCCCUCUCCCCGGUGCUGAGUGCUGUGGUGUGGACGCUGCUCUCCUGCGGCAUCCUGCUGGCAUUCUGCUUCCUCCUCUUCACCCUGCGCUUCAAAAACAACAGGAUAGUGAAGAUGUCCAGUCCCAACCUGAAUGUCCUGACCCUCUUUGGAAGCGUCCUCACCUACAGCAGCGGCUUCCUUUUCGCUAUUGAUGAACGAGCUCAAUCGCAAGGCGGGGCAUCCAUAGCUGUGCUACAAGCUCGGAUGUGGAUGCUUUGUGUCGGCAGUACCCUGGUGUUCGGUCCAAUUUUGGGGAAGACGUGGAGACUGUACAGAGUGUUCACACAGCGAGUGCCUGACAAGAGAGUGAUCAUUCGUGACAUCCAGCUGAUGGGCUUGGUGGCUCUGCUGAUCCUGGUGGACAUGCUGGUUCUCACCGCCUGGAACCUCACAGACCCAAUCAGGUGUUCACGAUCUGUCGGAGCUGUUGUCAAGGUGAUGGAGAGAGACGUUUCCUACUCGUUGUCUCAGCUGGACUCUUGUUCUUCAGUGUACUCAGAUCUGUGGGUCAUCAUUAUUGUGAUCCAGAAGGGCUGUCUUCUCCUCUAUGGCACUUAUCUGGCUGGACUGACCAGCAACGUCAGCCAUCCUCCGGUCAACCAGUCUCCCACCAUCAUAACCGCCGUCUCUCUGGUCACCUUCUCCUCUGCCGUGGCCGUCCCCGUGUCCGUCUUCCUGCAGGCCUGGCCCAACCUGGUCUACAGCACCGUGGCUGGAGCCAUCUUCAUCUGCACACUGGCCACUAACUGCAUGCUGUUUGUGCCUCAGCUGACCCAGUGGCGGCAGUUUGAAGAGGAUCAGAACAACCCGAGUCAGAUGGCCAAAUAUUUCAGCAGCCCCAGUAAGAGCCAGGCUUCUGUGUACAGCCAGGAUGAGAUCUACUACCUGCUGGGGGAAAACAGCUCCAUGAAAAAACUCCUGAGUGAGAAGAACGCAGUGAUCGACAGUCUUCAGGAGCAGGUGAACAACGCCAAGGACAAACUCCUUCGUCUCAUGUCGGCGAGCCAGCCCUCCGAGGACCAGGACAUGGACUCCUCCGCCACCAACCUCAACUCCUCCUCCACUCAGACCACCGAGCUCCAGUCUGAAGGCCCCUCUUCCUCUUCUCUGUCUCAGAGAGACUCUAAAUCCAGACUCUCACCCCCUCACCUCUCCCCUUACCUCCCUGCUGCUCCUGUUUCAUUAUCUGUGGUUUCACCGUCCACUGAGCCUCCCUCUGCUCCGAACUCCGCGGCCCCUAUUUCUGUUUCCUCCCCUCUCCCCGUCGAAGUUUGCGUGAGUGAAACCCAGAGAGACGUCUCCGCUACUGGGCCUUCAGGCAGAGACACAGCUGAGUCCAGGACGGGGGAGGAUCUCAAACAGCCCCUCCCGUUUCCUGGCUUACUCAGGACAGCAGAGGAGACAGUGCACUUUGUCACCUCUCUACAAUCCCGCAGAGGGCUGAAACCCUCUCAGGUUGAGACGUUUGGCGGACAGAGCGGCCUGACAGUUCAGCUGGGACCAAACGCCAGGCCAACUGGUUUUAUUAGCAGCGAACAGUUGCAGGAGAUCCUCCAGGAGCUGAGCGUGGAUGCAGUCAUGGAAACCACACUUAGAUCUCCGGGUCAAACGUCCAGGACGCCGCUGACCAAAGCCUCGGCGCUCUCCCCUCUCUCCUCGCGGACGGCUCCCUCCCCUCAUCCACCUGUUCUCUUCCGCUACCCCAGCAUCUCCCCCUACGCCAUGAGAAAACGCCGGCCGCCCUUUCACUCCCCCCGGAGAGGUUUGUCCCCUCCUUGCUUCUACACAGGUUCAGAGAUUCCCAGUUGUGGGAAGACAAGAGACAAAUGUAAACACCAAAACACAGGAAAGCUUCCUGAGGGCAUCACUGCGGACGACACCCUUCUCCAGGUCUACAGCAGCGACCUUGAUGUGGAAAGAGAGGAGGAGGACGCAGACGGGCAUGAAGAAAGAUGUCAAAGAUGCGUUUCAAGGUCUCACAGAUGCUCAGUGUUGCGUUGUGCGGAGCAACAUGAAGUGGAGGUGGGCGGUGAUAACGAGCAGCACCACAAACGCAUUAGAGACUCGUGUGGGUACUGGGACUCGGACUCGAGCAGCUCGACAGAUUACUGCUACUACCACCGUCCUUACUGCGACUCCUGCCUGCAGCGGGGCUCGCUCCUGAGCUCGGACAGCUCCUCGGACUCCUCGGACAGCGAGUACGACGACUACACGAGCCUCUACCGCUCCCCCCGCCCCGUGGUGUUCAAAGAAGACCUCAAACCCACCUUUGUAUGAACACAUAUGCUGCACUUUACAUAUUUAUCCAUUUCCACCACUUGAAUUGAUGUCCUUAACAAAUGUUGUGCUUCCACGACGAGAGAUAACUCGAUCUUAGCCGGUUAAGAUAGUCUUCAAUCUUUCAUCAUAGGGCAGGAUCAUUCUUUUACUCAUGAGUCGAUUUUUGUAUCUCGAAAGCACAAAAUGCUGUUUAUUUUUUUAAUAUUACUUAUGGCAUUAUUUGUAUAUUUCUACUGACAGAUGAAAAUCCUUGACAUUUAAAAAAAGUCUAAUCUAAUUUCAAAAUGGGAUGACAGUAGCGACUAAAUUAAAAAUGUGAAAAUAAGGUUUUCACAGGAUAUUAGAAAUGUACACUCUAUCAGCUGUAUUUAUUUUAAUAUUUAUUUGUUGAUGUUUUGGUGUACAGAGCUACUUUACGGUUCUUUUUUUAUGUUUUACAUUAUUAUAUGUAUACUUUAAAAUGAUGUGAUAAUAUUUUAUUGCAGAAUCUGA